AUCAAAACAAAAACAGAAAGCAAAAGUGGCAGCAAGUGUUUUGAAUUUGUUCAUCGUCCUCGGUUCUGUGAAAGUUUGUUUCGAAUUUCUUAUAAAAUAUGUUGGCCAGGCUACCGGUAAUUGUAAAACCCUCCAUAUAUCUCGAUCUACGGAUUAUUCGGAGCACGUAUGCUACUUCCACCGCCGCAACGCCAAAGCACAAUAAACAAAAUUCGUCAAAAGAUGAAUCUACCAAGCAAAGUAAUGUCUCCGCUCGAGUAGCCCGGGAAAUGAAAGACUAUUUCGACUCGGACCAGUUCGACAUGGUAAUGAAUAAAUUCCCCGCCAGUUUGUUAAGGCGCACGCAAGUCUCAGAACAGUUCUACCUGGCAGCGCCAAAGCUUGCAAAAAAUAUUGCGAAAUGGGUGACGGACGGGAUGGGUCCGGACCAACUCCUAGUGGAGGUCAACCCGGGCGUAGGAUUGUUGACGAAGGAGCUACUCAAGAAAACAAACAACCUUCUGCUGUACGAGACCGAUGAAAGUUUCGCACCGGAACUGGAAGAAAUGCUGAAGACUGAAAACCGGAAUGUGGAAAUUCGAUAUAAUGAUUUCAACUGUCAUUGGAAGUAUGACUUCAUGGACAAAAUCGAACAAAGUAGACGCAUGGAGAAGAUGCUUGAAGGUCUGCGGCGAGUACGGUGGAAAGACGAAGAGGUGAAUUUCAGGUUGUUUUCGGUUAUUGGAUCGUUGAGGUUCUUUAAGACGAUGGUCCAUUCCGUCGGUAUGCAAAAAGGACUGUUUCAACUUGGCAGGUGUGAGAUGUAUCUCGCGGUUCCGCCGCUUAUAUAUAUGCAAUUGACCUGUCGAACGGAAGCCGGCUACAAACUGUAUAGCAGGAAUAGUGUUCUGUUUCAAAUAUUUUUUGAACAUGAACUGAUUGCAAAAAUUCCCCGAAAGGAUUUUUUACCCUGGCCCGUUAAUGUCAGCGGCAAGGGAAAGAUUCAAACGCAGCAGCUCCGGCUCAAUAUGAUGGGAUUAGAUGAACUUUACUUGAUGCGGGUCGUUCCCCGGAGGAAUUUGUUUGAUUUUUGCCUGCCCGACAACUUGAAGUUGCUGAUGUUUUUUGUUUCGCAGAAUAUGAUCAGCCGGAAAAAUCGCAUUAUACCCGCGUUGGAGCGCUGGAUCCCGUACUCUGGCGCUCGACUUAUCCUAAAUCAGAACUAUGUUGCAUCUUCUAAGCAGCUUGUCGAAAACCACAAUGAUUCGUCCAUGAUAGGACACAAUUCGUCACCUCUGCGGGAGUAUGAUUUUCCAAAUCCGUUGACUAUUUUUACGGAAUUCGGUGAGUUGACACCGUCACAGAUCCUGACUAUGUUCAACGAAUUCAUCAGCUGGCCCGAGUAUCAGCAAUCGCCCUUUCUGCAGCAUUCGGAACAAUACUAUACUAAGCAAGUGCACAGCAGUAAGCAGGAUGUGGCAACGGCGACUGCCGAAGGAAGUGUGGAAGGCAGUACAAUGGGAGUAAGUAGCGAUAAAGAAGAUUUGAUGGAAGAGGAGGAAGCAAGUGGAAUAGCAGAUCCAUCGGAAACCCGGCGGAUAAAGAGCUGAUAUGAGGCUAGUUUUGGAAAGGUAAGUUAUGCUGUAUAAAAUACAGUAUGGAAAAUAUAAUCUAUAAUGUAGCAAGUUCAA